UAAUUUUGCGACUUUAGUUUCGUUCAGGUUGUUUAUUCUUUAAAUAAUAAUUCUAAUUCUUAUUAAUUCAAUUAAAGAUAUAAUAGAAAGCUAACAUGGCCCAACUUCAACGCGCUUUAAGCUUAUUUCGCUCACUGCCCCCUAUUCAAGGCUUAGCCACUUUUCAUUCAAGUUCGAAACUAAGAAAUGAGUGUUACUUAAUUGAUUCGCCGGAAUAUAGUUUUCUGAGGGACGUCGGCUUAGAGCGUGAAAAUCCUGGCGUAUUUGUCGGCUCCUGGAAAGGUUCUGGGCAAGUGAUGAUUUCGGUAGAUCCGGGUACCGCAAAACCAAUUGCGGCGGUGCGCAUGGGGACUGUACAAGAAAUGGAUGAGAGUAUACGUGCAGGCGUAGAUGCCUACAAAGAAUGGUCUAAAGUGCCGGCACCUGUUCGUGGUGACAUCGUUCGACAAAUUGGUGAUGAAUUACGUAAAUACAAGGAACCAUUAGGUAAAUUGGUCAGCUUGGAAGUGGGCAAAAUAUAUAGUGAGGGGCAGGGUGAAGUUCAGGAGUCUAUUGAUAUUUGUGAUUAUGGAGUGGGCUUGUCACGCAUUUAUGCCGGCCAAAUUAUCAAUUCGGAACGUCCUGACCAUACUAUAUUAGAAGCAUGGCGUCCUUUGGGUUUGAUAGGUGUUAUAUCAGCUUACAACUUUCCGAAUGCAGUAUUUGGCUGGAAUGCCGCGAUAGCUUUGACAACAGGCAAUACUGUAUUGUGGAAAGGAGCCCCUAGUACUUCGUUGGUAUCUGUGGCUACUACUAAAGUGCUGGCUGAAGUAUAUAAACGGAACGAUUUGCCGCCAAUUACCACCUUGUGUCAAGGCGGCGCAGAUGUGGGACAGAAAAUGGUUUGUGACAAGCGAGUAAAACUGGUAUCCUUUACGGGUAGUUGCCAAACUGGUCGCAAUGUAGGUGUUGAAGUACAAAAACGCUUUGGCAAAGUUAUUUUAGAAUUGGGAGGCAAUAACGCUUUAAUUAUUGAUGAGAGUGCAAAUUUAAAGAUGGCUCUGGACGCUGCCCUAUUCGGUUGUAUAGGCACGGCAGGUCAACGUUGCACAACCACUCGCCGCAUUAUUGUUCACCAGAAGCUUUAUGACAAAUUUUUAAAGGAUCUGACCAAUAAAUACAAGCAAAUUCUGUCCCGCAUAGGUCAUCAAUUGGAAUGUAACACUUUAGUGGGGCCCGUGCAUUCGCAACAAAACAUUGAUAAUUAUCAAGCCAGCUUAAAAGAAGCACUAAGCUUAGGAGGUACCGUGGCCUUCGGCGGCAAAGUUAUUCCACGUGACGGUUAUUUUGUGGAACCUACAAUUAUUACUGGGCUACCGCAUGAUUCACCGGUGGUCUACCGAGAAACCUUUGCACCCAUUGUGUAUGUUUUGAAAUGCAAAUCCGUAGAGGAGGCUAUUGCCUGGAACAAUGAGGUGGAUCAAGGUUUGUCAUCCGCUAUCUUCACAGAGAACGUAAACCAUGUCUUUAAAUGGAUCGGAGCCCAAGGUUCAGAUUGUGGGAUCGUUAAUGUUAAUACAACUACUAACGGUGCUGAAAUUGGCGGCGCAUUUGGCGGUGAAAAACACACAGGAGGCGGACGUGAAUCAGGUUCGGAUGCUUGGAAGCAAUACUGUAAGCGAGCCACCGUUACUGUAAACCAUUCCGGUGACUUAGCCUGCGCUCAAGGCGUUGUUUUUAAUAUUGAAUAAACCAAUUGUCUAUUGAAAUUAUAGAAAAUCUUUAUUGUUAUAGAUGUAAAUGCAAGUGCAAUACUACGUUUC